UCAGGAGGGGCGGAGCCGACGGCGGAGAGUGAUUCGGGCGGGCGUAACUCCCAACUUUUGUUUGGUGUGCUGUGCGAGUUAGUUUCCGCCGCCGGGACAGAGGCGCCGGCCGGGCUGGGCCGGGCUCGGGGAAGCGCCGUACGGACAGAGUUGUUUUGCCAGUUGCUGCGGCCGGGUCGGUUUCCCUGCCGAGGGGCGAAAAGCACCGGCGACAGCGGGACGAGCCGCGGCCCAGGGAGCGGGGCAUGCGGGGCCGGGAAUCCGGGCUCUGAGCCGCCGAGCCCCGCCAGGGAAGCGCCGGGGGGGGGUCCCGACGGAGCCAUGGAUCCCGGGCAGCCUCAACCUCAGCAGCCGCCGCAGCCAGCGCAGCCCCCCGCCUCGCAGCAGCCGCCGCCGCAGCCCCCGGGAGCGGUGUCGGGGGCCCCGGCCGGCGCGGCGCAGCCCCCAGGCGCGGGGCCCCCUCCGGCGGGGCACCAGAUCGUCCAUGUGCGGGGCGAUUCGGAGACCGACUUGGAGGCGCUGUUCAACGCCGUGAUGAACCCCAAGGGCGCCAACGUGCCGCACACGCUGCCCAUGCGGCUUCGGAAGCUGCCCGACUCCUUCUUCAAGCCGCCCGAGCCCAAGGCCCACUCCCGCCAGGCCAGCACUGAUGCAGGGACAGCAGGAGCCCUGACCCCACAGCAUGUCCGAGCUCAUUCCUCCCCAGCAUCACUGCAGCUGGGAGCAGUUUCUCCAGGGACGCUUACACCCUCUGGAGUAGUGACUGGACCCGGAGCUCCAUCUUCUCAACAUCUCCGCCAGUCUUCAUUUGAGAUCCCUGAUGAUGUACCUUUGCCACCAGGUUGGGAGAUGGCUAAGACACCAUCAGGACAGAGAUACUUUCUUAAUCACAUUGAUCAAACAACAACAUGGCAAGAUCCUAGGAAGGCCAUGCUUUCCCAGAUGAAUGUUACAGCUCCCACCAGUCCUUCCGUGCAGCAGAACAUAAUGAACUCAGCAUCAGGCCCACUCCCCGAUGGAUGGGAACAAGCUAUGACCCAGGAUGGAGAAAUUUACUACAUAAACCAUAAGAACAAGACCACAUCUUGGCUAGACCCAAGGCUUGACCCACGCUUUGCCAUGAAUCAGCGAAUCAGCCAAAGCGCUCCAGUGAAACAGCCACCCCCUCUGGCUCCUCAGAGUCCCCAAGGUGGUGUGAUGGGUGGGAGUAGCUCCAAUCAACAACAACAGAUGAGACUUCAGCAGCUACAGAUGGAGAAGGAAAGGCUGAGACUGAAGCAUCAAGAACUGCUUCGGCAGGUGAGGCCACAGGCAUUGCGGAAUAUCAAUCCCAGCACAGCAAAUUCUCCAAAACAUCAGGAAUUGGCUCUCCGUAGCCAGCUUCCAACAAUGGAACAAGACGGUGGAUCUCAAAACCCUGUGUCGUCUCCUGGAAUGUCUCAGGAACUGCGAACAAUGACUACAAAUAGUUCUGAUCCGUUUCUUAACAGUGGAACAUAUCACUCCAGAGAUGAAAGCACAGAUAGUGGACUUAGCAUGAGCAGUUACAGUGUACCCAGAACCCCCGAUGACUUCCUGAACAGUGUUGAUGAGAUGGAUACAGGUGACAGUAUCAGCCAAAGUAACAUACCGUCCCAUCAGAACCGUUUCCCAGACUACCUUGAAGCCAUUCCAGGGACAAAUGUGGACCUUGGGACACUGGAAGGAGAUGGGAUGAAUAUAGAAGGAGAAGAACUGAUGCCAAGUCUGCAAGAGGCUUUGAGUUCUGACAUCCUUAAUGACAUGGAAUCUGUCUUGGCAGCCACCAAGCUAGAUAAAGAGAGUUUUCUUACUUGGUUAUAGGGGCCUCAGGGAGACUGAAUUCUAAAUCUGUGAAGGAUCUAAGGAGAAUAGGACAUCUGUAUCUGAAGCGCAGAACAAGCCAGUGUGGCACACUUUGGCUUGUGUUCAGAAAAAGUAAAUGAACAAAUAAUCAACAAGAUUCUUUCGUUUUGCUCUUCCUUGUCCAUCGCUGCUGUUAUAUAUUGCUGACUUUUUUCCACAGUUGACUCUGAAGAACAGACAUCUUCUUGAUCUUUUUCUAUUGCUGUUGCAACUACUGUUCAAGGGGGGGUGGGGAGGGAUGAUGAGCCUAUUUGGAUGACGAAUGCCAUUCCUUUUGUCCUAAUGUGCGCUUGCAUAUCAUUUUAUCUAAGUACUCAGAUUUGAGAGUUAAUUUCUGCAUGUCACUGCUUGUAGUUUGCUCAGCUAGUUGUCUCCUGCUGCCUGUGGCAAGUGGUAAAACAUGACAUACUGGAGUGACAAGCCAAAAAUGAUGUAUCUGGUCAAAAGAAGUCAAUACUGAUUUGGAGAUAUGACUUAAAGGAGGGCUGAAGACUGGCAUUAAAUGUUUCUACUAGUAGCUCUUUCAUUAGUCACAAAGUGCUCUUGUUCAUAUUUUAUGUUAUAGUAAAUCAUGAGUCAUUUUACAUAGAAACAUAUAUGAACUUUGAUUGUUGCCACAUAUUCUAGCCUAACUUUUGUUUGUCAAAAAUAGUUUGAUUAUUUUUGUUAGUUGGUUUAACUGUAGCUGUAGGAUGGGAAGUAAUUAUAGGUGUUCUUUUUUUUUUUAAAUAGUGAAAUCUAAGGGUUUUUUCUGAUUUCACAUAGUCUUAUUUAAAUAUGAAUUGUCUGCUUUUUUAUACUUAAAACAUGCCUAUUGUAGCCUGAUAAGCUAGUGAGUACAUAAACCAGUAUGUUGUGCUUGUAACUUUUUUUUUUAUUUUUUUUAAAGGCUAGCUUUGAAUGUAAUCAUUAGAAAUCAUGACCAGUGGCUUAUUUUUCAUGUUUAUUUGCAAGAUUUUGAAUUAGAAUCUGAUUGCAGCAACAUAAAAGUUAGAAUCCUAAGUGUUGUAUGUACAAUUUUUAAAUGCAUUUUAAAGUAGCAGAAACCAUUUUAAAAUUACAGAAGCAUCUAAUCAUUCUUCUUG